AUGUUUCAACCAAUUAGCAUACCCAAAACAUCGGUACAUCAGACAUCUGUUCCUUUAUCUAUACAACAUACGGCUCCGCAGAUUAAACCACAGACUUCAGUCCAUCAGACAACAGCUUUUCCUAUAGAACACACAAUGCCUUCAGUUAGUUCACAAGCAAGGACCCAGCAGAUUAGGUCGCAAGCAAUCCUACCUCCGGUUCCUACGUCUAUACAGCAAAUGACUCCUCCAGUUACAUCACAUACAGCAACUCGUAAAAUUAGUCCACAAGCAACGGUACAUAAGACUAUGGUUCCUCCGUUAAUACACCAUACAAUUACUCAGAUUGGAUCGCAAACAGCAUCUCCCCAAAUUAGCCCACAAGCAACAGUUCAACAGACUAGACCAAAGGCCACGGUCCACCAGACGCUUCCUCCGUUUGUACACGAAACACUUCCUCAGGGUAGUUCACAAGCAACGGUUCAGCAAACGUUCCCUCCAAGCAUACCACAAACAGCAACUUCCCAAAUUGGACCACAAGCAACGAUUCCUUCAACUAAAUUACAUUAUCUAAAGAGCGGCAUACUCAAUAUACACAAUAUUUUUAACAACAUGGCAAGGAUAGUAAAAACGUUCAUAGACAAUCCAUCUGAAUUUAAUUUCGACAUUAGCCCAUGUAAAUUGGAGGAAUUUGUUAAACAACUAGAUGAGCAAUCUGAGAGAUUUGACACAGAAAAAAAUAAAAUUUUUGACACCACAGAGAAAGGAUUAUUAACACUUUUGGGACAACAAGUAACAAAUUUAGUCAAUGGAACAAAGGAUAUAAUUAUUUUAUUGAGAUUGUUUGCACGAGAGACUAGCCAAAAAGAAAAGUUAAGAACCAGAGAAGACAUACAAUUUUUAUAUACAAAAAUGUUGACUGAAAAUGAGUUAAUUAAGCAGAGACAGACAAAUUUUAUAAGGCAAAGUAAUGAACAAACAAGGCGAAGACGGAGUCAAGGUAGUUAUUCUAUGUUAGAACGGGCCAUUAUAUACUACCAUAUUAAUUUGCAAUAG